AUGUCAGCACGAUUCUUUCUUUCUUUCUUUCUUUCUUUCUUUCUUUCUUUCUGUUUUAUUAUUUCUUUUUUACUUUCUUUCUCUUUGCUUUUUUCUUUUUAUUUUUUUCUUUACUUUUUCUUUCGUUUCUCCUUUUUCUUUUCUUUCUUUCAUUUUCUUUUUUUCCAUUCUUUCUUUUUUUCUUUGUUUCUUUACUUUCCUUUUUCUUUAUUUUUCUUUCAUUUUUCUUUUCUUUAUUUCCUUUUUCCUGUCUUUCUUCCAUUAUUUUAUUCUUUCUUUAAUUUUCUUUCUUUCUUUCUUUCUUUUUUUCUUUCUUUCUUUCUUUCUUUCUUAGCUUCUGCCUUUUCUCAUCCGUUGCCUCUUUCUUUCUUUCUUUCUUUCUUUCUUUCUUUCUUAUUCAUUCUUUCUUCUUUCUUUCUUUUUCUUUGUUUCUUUUCUUUACUUUCUUACUUUUUUCUUUCUUGUUUCUUUCUUUUUCUUCCAUUUCUUUCUUUCGUUCUUUCUAUUUUCUUCAUUUAA